UAUGAAGACUCACAGAUAGCAGACAUACCCAUUGGAAGGAAGAAUACAGUCCUUGAAAUCACCAUGGCUUGGAAUAUAUAUUGGAUAUCCCUGGUUUUACUUCCAGUGUCCUUGGCACAGCAAGAUUCUUCAGAAGAACUCACCUGUAAAGGUCGUUGCUCUGAGAGCUUUGUAAGAGGAAGACCAUGUGACUGUGAUCCAGAUUGUCCAUUAUAUGGCAAGUGCUGCCCAGACUUUCAACAGGCUUGUAUAGGAGGCCAAACUACCACGUACCAAACUAAGGUAACCACUACCACAACUGCACCAACAACCCCGCCUUCCACUACCAGCACCGCCAUGACUAAACCAUCUAUAGCCAUGAAGCCAAAAGCAGCUCCUCCAGCUACUAAGUCGACAACUAAACGUUCACCGAAACCACCCAAACCAAAGCCAAAACCCAAACCAAAGCCAUUAAAGAAGAAAAAGAAGCAAAAGAAGCAAAAGAAAGUAUCGCAUGAAAUUAUGGAAGAACGUUCUGAGCAGUCUUCUUCCUCUAUCUCAACUUCCUCAAAAAUUCGGAGAACUAUGGCUACAAGCAAUGCUGGCGAUAAGAGCAAGAAGAAGAAUGGUAAAAACAAUGAGGAAGUAAAAGAAAAAGUGAAAGCCAAAAAAUCAACAAAGUCAACAUCAAAGACUUCAAAAACCAAAGCAAUAAAAGUGAUUUCUGAGGAGGAUGGUAGUGGGGCAGACAAUGCUGCGACAACAGCAGUUACCACAACUAUAACUAGUCAGCCUUCCACCACAUCCACAGUAAGCCAGCCUUCCACUACAAGCACAACACGGCUUCCAUCUACUACAGUCACAACAAAGCCACCUUCUACAAUAACCACAACAAUAUUGCCUUCUACUACAGCCACGACAAGACCAUCUAGUACUGCAACCACAGCAAGGUCACCUACUGCAACAGCCUCAACGGCAGCACCUACUACUAUGACUACAAAGACACCUACUACCAUGUCCACAACAACUACACCCACGACAAUGACUAGUCAGCCUUUUACAACUACAACGCAACCUAACACGGAACAUACAACUGAAGGAAACAAAGAUACAGAACCCACCAAUGAAACUCCUGCUAGCAAGAAUACAAAUACAACAAUAACACAGGUGACUACGACAACUUUGAUUACAUCAAAAUCUCCCAACAACCCAACUUCUACAGUUGACAAGACCACACAGUAUACCUCAACUUUCCCCACCACUCUCCUAACUACAAAAAGACAUCGAGUUACUUAUUACCCUACUACAAAGUACACUACAACUUAUACAGCUAGACAUCCUGUGAGGAUUACCAAUAUUACUAGGGAAUAUAUUCGACCAGAGAAAAUAGUCUCAUCGGUUUCAUAUCAAGAUUAUCCUGAAGAGAUGAACUUGUGUAAUGGAAAGCCUGCAAAUGGAAUUGUCCCAUUACAAAAUGGAUCGUUAGCUGUAUUCAGAGGUCAUUACUACUGGUUGCUGAAUGGAACUAGCUCACCAUCCCCUUGCCCUCGUAAAAUCACUCAAGUGUGGGGAAUUCCAUCUCCCAUUGAUUCAGUCUUUUCUAGAUGUAACUGUGAUGGCAAAAACUUCUUUAUCAAGGAUGCUCAGUACUGGCGUUUCACCAAUGACAAAAUGGAUCCUGGCUACCCCAAGCCUCUUUUAAAAGGAUUUGGAGGAUUAAAUGGGAAAAUAGUAGCAGCUCUCUCUGUGGCUAAACACCAGAGCAGGCCAGAAUCGGUAUAUUUCUUCAAAAAAGGAGGCAAUGUUCAACAAUAUACCUACAAGCAAGAAAGUGCUAAAAAGUGCCAGAAGAAAAUUGUGACUGUGAAUUACCCAGCUUAUAAAGCAAAAACUGUGAUCAGAAGGCAGCGGCGACGCUUUGAGCGUGCAGUCAGACCUCACCAGAUUUUCCGCACCAUCAGAAUCAAACAGUACCCUGUUGUUCAGAUCAGCCAGCAACCAACAGGAGUGCUACAGCCGGAGGUCAAAAUCACUUCAUACUGGAGGGGAUUUCCAAAAGAAGUUAAUUCUGUUAUCUCUGUGCCUAAUGAGCAGAAAUCAGAUGGUUACGAUUACUAUGCUUUUUCUAAAGAUCAAUACUACAAUGUGGAUGUGGGCAGCAGAAUAGCAAGACCAGUCACACGGCUGACCGGCCAAUCUGUGUCCAAGGCAUGGUACAAGUGUCCUCCAGUGUGAUAUCGAAACACAAAGGCUGAAAGAAGUGCUAUUACGUUUGACAAUUUUU